AUGACUCGGGCUUUUGUCACUCUUGUAGCUUCAGACUAUGUAGCUCCAGGAGCUUUAGUUCUUGCCCAUCGCUUGCGAGAUCUCCAUGACGGUCGGAAGCCUCUUCCGAGACUGGCUUGUAUCGUUUCAACAGACGUGACUCCCGACACUAGGCACGCACUGGCCACUAUCUUUGACGAUGUGAUCCAAGUACACCCUCCAAGGUCUAAGGCUGUUAUGAAUUUACAUCUUGUUGGAAAGCCGGAUACCGCUGCUUCUUUGACCAAGAUUGAGCUUUGGCGGUUUGAACAAUAUGACAAGGUUGUGUACCUGGAUCCCGAUGUUUUCCCACUCAGACCCAUAGAUGAGCUAUUUGACCUGGAUGAACUGAGUGCUGCUCCCGAAAUCGGUUGGCCGGAUUGGUUUAAUACAUGUGUAUUUGUAGCAACUCCUAACGAGGAAACGUAUACUGAACUAAAAGAAAUGACAGAACAGGAUAAACUGUGGGAUGCUGGAGAUCAAGGAUUGUUAAAUGAAUAUUUCGACGAUUGGGCAACAAGUGGUCCAACUUAUAGAAUUCCGGCUACAUAUAACAUGCUGCCAUCAUCUAUAUACAGGUUGGUGUUUAUGUUCUUUGCACAUCAGACAUUGCCCCAGAUCUAA